AGUAUUGUGAGAGCAGAGCCAUGAUGAAAUAAAGCCACAUGGUUUGCUUUUAAGCAAGCAUAUAUACCAAGCCUUUGCCUCUCUACCUUGCUUUCCCAAUCGCUACCAUGCAAGCCUCAAACACAUUCAAGCGAGCCUUCCUCAAGCGCAUGCUCCUGGGUCUCCAACUAGCUGGGGUUUCAUCCAAGAGCAUGACCAUCCAAGAGAGAAAGAGUGCCAUCAAGCUCUCGGCAGAUGUCGCCAUGGCCGGCGCUAGAGGCAGCACAAAUUGGACUCAUGCCCUCAUUGCCAACCUUUCAAAACAAGAGAGGAACAAGGCCAUUGUGAGGAGUAUCCUGGGGAAAGAUUAUGAGAAGCUGACGAAGCCAUGCCACCACACGUGGAAGAACCCUAGAAGUAAGAAGAUCUUGAGGAGGAGUGUCAUCAGGGUGUGUUCAAGGAAGAGAAAUGUUCUUCGUGCACCUGCAACAAGUGUACUUCUUGCCAGAGUUUUGGUGAAGAAGAGGACUCAGGUGCUCAAAAGACUAGUACCUGGAGGUGAGUCCUUGGAUGGCUUCUAUUUGUUGGAUGAGACUUUAGAUUAUGUCCUCUCCCUCCGAGUUCAGGUUGAUCUCAUGCAACGCCUUUUGAAAGCCUCUGAAGCCUCAAAUCUCAGAUCUCCUAAUGUGUUGCAAGCGAGGGAGACUUCAAGUUUUCGCAAAUGAGGGCUUCUGAUAUGGCUGCCUUCUGAUCUCCAGAAACAAUAAGAGAGGAGCGAAAACAACUCGGGCCCAACAAAGGCUUCCAUAGAGUGUAGCAUGGGAGGCAAGCUAAUGAGUGUCUUAGCCCGUUAACUCUACUGAAGAUGAUGAAUAAUUUAUCUUGGAUUCUACAUAUAUGAAGGCCAAGCCGCAAAAAGACAUGAGCUUGGAUUUGUAUAUGAUUGUUAGGUUGUCUGGAGAGAGAAGGAUGUUAGGGUUUCCAAAGCUUCAGAUAGCAUUCCAUGCUGAUGGCAUUAUUAGCUAAUAAAUAUAUAUAGAAUUACAAUGCCACAUGAAGGCCUUCUCGCU